AUGAUGUUUAUCAAGUUUGAAGUAUUCUAAAUAAAGCAACGAUUCUUUAACAUGACACGAUUUUGUCUACAAAACUGAAGAAAAACUUCUCUGAUAAGGUAAGAUUUAAACUUCAUGUUGUUUCAUUAUGUCAAAAUAUCCUGUAAACAAAGGGUGUAUUUCUUAGCUGUCUGCAUAGUAGGAUUUGCUUAUAUAACGACAUGUACAGCAAACAAACUAUUUGAUAACAUCGGUCAUGAAAACUUGGCGACCAACUCAAUGAUUCAAGAACUGGUACAGCGUAUGGACCACAUGGAAUCAGGAGAGAAAAGUCAUAUAAAAUCUCUCGCAAAACUUAAAAUUGAACACCAGCUUGAAAUCGACGGACUGAAGCAAGAACUUGGAAAGCACAAAGGUCAAAUUGUGGUCUUGCAAAAGAAAAGCUCUGGUCAAGCUCGUCUUAUUUCUAAGCUAUUACGCCAUGUACAACUUCGUUCUAUGUCUCCUGGGCCAGGUUCACAUGAUUCGAUAUCUGUACCAUCUGUUCCGUCUGGUAAAGACGAAAAGAAACAGAAGAUUGCAGUUGGAAAUGAAGUCACCAGAAUUCGACGAGUAGAGAAUGAGAUAAUGGUUACUUUCACAGUUGGUCUCACACAUCUUUUUCUUCAUGCCCCGGCCCUCAUCAGAACAUAGUAUUUGACCACGUCGAAACUAACAUUGGAAACGGUUACAAUUCUCACCAUGGUGUAUUCACUGCACCUGUAUCUGGUGUCUACCUAUUUUAUUCUUCUAUUUUGUCCAAUAAUAAUGGAGAGGUUUGGUGCCAGAUUGUUGUAAAUGGUAGCUAUAAAGCAUCUAUAUACACACGUGGUACGG